AUGGAUAAAUACGUUAAAGUGCGAAAGAUCGGAGAAGGAUCCUUUGGCAAAGCAAUUCUUGUCAAAGCUAAAGAAAAUGGACAACACUACGUUAUUAAAGAAAUAAAUAUCUCUAAGAUGUCAAAUAAGGAGAGAGAAGAAUCAAGGAGAGAAGUUGCUGUAUUGGCUAACAUGAAACAUCCAAAUAUUGUCCUGUACAGGGAGUCAUUUGAAGAAAAUGGCUGUCUCUAUAUCGUGAUGGAUUACUGCGAAGGAGGAGACUUAUUUAAAAAAAUAAAUGCCCAGAAAGGAACCUUAUUCUCUGAAGAUCAGAUUCUCGAUUGGUUUGUACAAAUCUGUUUAGCACUAAAACACAUACAUGACAGAAAAAUCUUGCAUCGGGACAUAAAGUCACAGAAUAUAUUUUUAACCAAAGAUGGAACAAUACAGCUGGGAGAUUUUGGGAUCGCCAGAGUUCUUAACAGUACUGCAGAGUUGGCUCGCACUUGCAUAGGAACGCCGUACUAUUUGUCACCUGAAAUAUGUCAGAACAAACCUUACAACAAUAAAAGUGAUAUCUGGGCCCUCGGUUGUGUUCUCUAUGAAAUGUGCACACUGAAACAUGCGUUUGAAGCUGGUAACAUGAAGAACUUAGUACUGAAGAUAAUCUCUGGACCUUUUCCUCCUGUUUCUAUGCAUUACUCCUAUGACCUACGUAAUCUUCUGUCACAGCUAUUUAAAAGGAAUCCUAGGAACAGACCAUCAGUAAACUCCAUUUUGGAGAAAAACUUUAUAGCCAAACGGGUGGAAAAAUUUCUUACGCCACAGCUUAUUGCAGAAGAAUUCAACCACAAAAUCUUCCAAAAGUUUGGACCACAUGCCGCACCAG